AUGGGCGAGAAGGACGAUUACCCCCAGGCUGCUGGCCAGGACACUCAGCAUGUCGAGACAUCCAGCUCUAUCGCCGCCGGUAAAGAGGAUGCAGAACUUGCGAAGGAAUGGUCGCGCGACGUGAAGGGGGAUGAAGAGGCUAUUCCUGCCUCGAAGAAGUUGCACAACCCCUUGGCUGGGUUGACUCGUGAGCAGCUGCUGGAUGAUGUCGAGCGGUUUGCUGUUGAUAAGCAGCUCGAGCAUAUCCUGCCGGACUUGAGGAAGGGUGCUCUCAUUGCUCAGGAUCCAAAGCUGUUUGAGUCUCUCACCGAUCUGUCUGAUGAGGACAAGGAGUUGAUCCGUCGAGAGAAGACGCACCGGUGGUCGCAGCCUUUCAUGAUGUACUUUAUGACCAUUCUGUGUGCUGGUUCGGCUAUUGUUCAGGGAAUGGAUCAGACUGCUGUCAACGGGGCGCAAGAAUACUAUUUCGCAGAAUUUGGUGUCACCGACACUUGGAUUCAAGGCCUCGUCAACGGGGCUCCCUACCUGUGCUCGUGUCUCAUCGGAUGCUGGACAACAGCUCCUCUGAACCGUCACUUUGGUCGUCGAGGGUGUAUCUUCAUCUCCUGCUUUGUUUCCUUUGCCGCAACCUUCUGGAUGUGUGCCGCACAUACCUGGUGGAACCUGUUCCUUGGCCGAUUCCUGCUUGGUCUUGCUGUCGGUGCGAAGUCUACCACCACCCCUGUCUAUGCUGCAGAGUGUGCACCGGCUUCGAUUCGAGGCGCCCUGGCUAUGCAGUGGCAGAUGUGGACGGCUUUUGGAAUUAUGCUUGGUUAUAUUGCGUCCGUUGCGUUCAUGGAUGUCCCUUCGCCUGCCAACCUCCCAGGCCUCAACUGGCGACUGAUGUUUGGCGUUACUGCAAUUCCUCCAAUGCUCGUCUGUGCACAGGUGUACUUCUGCCCGGAGUCUCCCAGAUGGUACAUGAUCCGAAACCGCUACCAGGCUGCGUACGACGCCCUGUGCAAGUUCCGCCCGUCUAAGCUACAGGCUGCGCGAGACCUUUACUACAUCCACACUGCCCUGCUGGCUGAGGAGAAGAUGCGUGAAGGCAAGCAGCUCUGGCGUGAGAUGUUCACUGUUCCUCGCAACCGCCGCGCCGCACAGUCGUCCUUCUUCGUCAUGUUCAUGCAACAGUUCUGUGGCGUCAACGCUAUCAUGUACUACUCAUCCUCCAUGUUCAGAACCGCUGGAUUCGGGCUUCGCGAGGCCCUCCUCGUGUCGUUGGGCUGCGGUAUCACAAACUGGAUCUUCGCUCUUCCGGCCGUAUACACAAUUGACACCUUCGGACGACGCAACCUACUGCUCACGACGUUCCCGCUAAUGUCCAUCUUCCUGUUCUGGACGGGCUUCUCGUUCUGGAUCGAGAACGACCAAGCCCGUACCGCCAUGGUUGCAACGGGCAUCUACCUCUUCAUGAUAGUUUACUCGCCCGGAGAAGGGCCCGUCCCAUUUACAUACUCCGCAGAGGCAUUCCCCCUCUACAUCCGCGACCUAGGCAUGUCCUUCGCAACCGCCACAACCUGGGGCUUCAACUUCAUCGUCUCCUUGACCUGGCCGUCUCUGAACUUGGCAUUCACCCCGCAAGGUGCAUUCGGGUGGUACGCGGCCUGGAACUUCUUCGGCUGGGUCACGGCGUACUUCUGUCUUCCUGAGACCAAGGCCCUUUCCCUUGAGGAGCUGGACCAGGUCUUCUCGGUGCCGACGCGUACCCAUAUCAAGCAUUAUACGGAGAUGCUGCCGUGGUAUUUCAAGAAGUGGGUUCUGAGGGCUGAUGUGCCCCCGCAGAAGCAGUUGUAUGAGUAUCAUCAUUAG